AUGUACAUUCAUGUGAGUGCGCAAUUCACGUCCCGCUCGCACCCGUGCUGGGCUGCUUUCGUGCUUCACGUCUCACCCGUGUUCCGCUCCCCCUUCCUUCCUCCUCCCUCACUCUCCCCCCUGCAUCAUAGGUGCUACUACAGGUGUGCUCGUGUCAAAUCCAACCCGCGCUGCCCGGCCAAGAAGACCGUUGACAUCACCUGCAGCAACCACAACGAGCCGCUCUCCCCCGGCGCCAUCCAAGGCACCUACCGCUGCACGAUCCACAACCACCCCUUGCCUCCCCACCAACCUUUGCUCCCCAUCCACCGCCCCCCCACGCGCCACAUCUUCCCCCGUAACCAUCCCUCCAAGUGUUUCAACAAGCGCCCUGCUUACGGCGCCACAAAUCGCCCUAACAAGAGGGCUGCUUACAGCCCUGAAGACCUUCCCACCGGCCAUGCCACUGACCGGCAUUUCAACCUCGCAGAUUCAUGCGUUGGGGAUGGCGAUACUCCGUCCAACGCUGAUCGACCUGCUGAAUUCGGUGGCAAUCUGAACGCCUUGGCGAGUGAGAGCAAUUUUGGUGCAGCUCUGAAUGGCCCGGCUGUUGAUUCUGGUGGGGCUCUGAACGUCAUGGCACGGGCAUUGCAGAAUGGGAGCGUGGACGUGAGUGCUGCUGAUAGUACCGCCGCCGCCGCUGCCGCCGCCGCUGCUGCUGCUGCUGCUACUGGUGCUGGUGCUGCUGGUGCUGGUGCUGCUGAUGGUGCUGUUGAUUAUGCGGAUUGGGCUGCAGCAGCCCUUUUGCACUCUCCCUGUCAGCAGGAGCAGUUAACCGAGUAUACUUCCCUGCCUAUGCAGGAAGAAGAUCACAGCCGUCGAUUUGCCGAUCAGGAAUCGGAAGAUCCGACAGACGAGAUUGACUCUCUGCUUGGAGCAAUAUUGCCUAUGAAGCAAGGCCUCCAAGAGCUGUCGUCACUGGGUUGGAAUGCUACCAACCACGCGGGGCUACUACCGGAAUAUCUUGGCCGGAGGGUGACUGGGGAGGAGCAGACCGCACAUGGUGUGGGGAGCAACGGGGAGAAUUUCUUCCUUGGUUUCCAUUGCGACGGGGAGGAAGGGUCAGUGCACGGCCCUUCAGGGGCAACACUGGGAGCACUGCUGGGGUCUGUGCUGUCGCACGCUGCUGUGUUGGGUGCUGCUAUAUCUGAUGAUCCUGGCUUUCAGGCCCACCAAGUUGUGCUGGUGCCACCUGUAACAACCACCGCUCUUCACACGCGCGUGAAUGGGAAGACGCGGCCAGCCUCUGUCAUGGAUGCACUGCUGCCUGCCCCUCGUGCAACUGCCCAAGCUGCUGCUCAAGCCUUUCUUCCUGUUCAGAUUGCAGCAUUCCCGACAGCAGCAGAGCACGCAGUGUUUGGACAGUUGACCAUGGCCUCGGCUCAGCAGAAGUUGAUGCGUGGGCGGUUGAUCCCUGCUGCAGCAGUGUUUGCGUUCCUUGGGGGAAGCAGUAGCACCCGGGUUUCGGACUUUGCAGCCGCUGACGUGCGGAAAGAGAUGCAGUUGUGGGUAGAAGGUGCAGCGUAG